CCACCCAAAACUCCACACUCUCACUCUUCGCACUCCGAAAUCCCCAAAUGUCCCAAAUCCGAAAUCCCAAUCCGAAUUCGAAAUCCCGGAUUAUUGUUUAGGGGUUUUGAUUCGGUGGCGGUCGGCGCACGGAAAUGAACAUUGGGGGCGAUGACGACAUCGUCAACAAUAAACCCCAACAACGCCAAUCCCAGAUCGCCCAAAGCUCCGCGUUACCGUCAGAGCCACGUGGGCACCGCCGUCAUCGCCGUCGCGGCCCUCUUGAUCUCCACCACCGCUUGGCUUUCCCUCGUCUUUUCGGCCACCCCGCACUCCCUCCCCGCCUCACAGUCCUUCACUCGCUCCCGAAACCGCACCAUUUCGCGACGGGUUGGACACUCUGAGGAGCUCACUCUAAACGACAUCGUUUUCGGAAUUGCCGGGUCGGCCCAACUCUGGAAGCAGCGGAAGGAGUACGUCCGGCUCUGGUGGCGCCCGAACGACAUGCGCGGCCACGUAUGGCUGGAAGAGAAGCUACCGGAAAACGACGUCGAUCGGUUGUUGCCGCCGAUCAUGGUCUCCGAAGACAUCUCGCGGUUUCGGUACACGAACCCGACGGGUCACCCGUCGGGGCUUCGAAUCUCCCGGAUAAUCUCCGAGUGCUUCCGCCUUGGCCUCCCCAAUGUCCGGUGGUUCGUCCUAGCCGACGACGACACCAUCAUCAACGUCGAUAACCUCGUCACCGUGCUGGGCAAGUACGACUCGUCGGAGAUGGUUUAUGUGGGAAGCCCGUCGGAGAGUCACUCUGCCAACACUUAUUUCAGCCACUCUAUGGCGUUUGGCGGCGGCGGCAUUGCAAUUAGCCACCCUUUGGCGGAAGCCCUAUCCGGAAUGCAAGACAAGUGUCUCGAGAGGUACCCGAAGCUCUAUGGAAGCGACGAUCGUCUCCAUGCCUGCAUUACUGAGCUUGGGAUUCCAUUAACCAGAGAACCUGGCUUCCAUCAGUGUGACAUUAGGGGUAAUGCGCACGGUCUUUUAUCUUCGCAUCCUAUAGCACCGUUUGUGUCCAUUCACCAUGUUGAAGCUGUUGACCCUUUUUAUCCCGGCUUCACCUCUCUGCAAAGUUUGAAGCUUUUCACACAGGCAAUGAGACUCCAACCUACCAGCUUUUUGCAGCGGUCCAUUUGCUAUGAUCAUCGACACCGUCUCACAUUUUCUGUCUCGCUUGGUUAUGUGGUUGAAGUCUUCCCAAACAUUGUGCUCCCUCGUGACCUCGAGCGCUCAGAGCAGACUUAUUCUGCUUGGAAUGGGAUAAGUCACAGGAAUGAAUUUGAUUUUGAUACCAAAGACCCUUAUAGGUCUGUUUGUAAGAAGCCUAUUUUAUUCUUCUUGAAAGAUAUUAGGAAACAGGGGGAUGCUACAUUGGGAUCAUAUAUGCGGAGCAAAGCAAAAGAUGAUUUCAAGAGAAAGGUUUUCUGCUUUUCCCGAUUUCGACUUUUGCGCAGUCUGCGAAAAGUUAAAGUUUUGGGCUAUCCGCCCACCGAGAAAUGGCAUUUGGUACCGCGGCGGUUAUGUUGCAAACUGAACCAAACAAGUGAGGAAGUUGUCAGUUUAACAGUGGGACAGUGUGGUAAAGGACCUUUCAGCUCGAUUACUGAUACUAAAUAACUGGUUUCUUGGAUGGUGUUAGCGGGGUAGACUCUGAAUCGAUCUGGAUUUCAGAAAUGAGCAUCACUUGCUGUUAUCAGUUCGGCUAACCUCUAGAAAAUUGAAAGUAUGUGCUUGCAGAUUGAGAGUGCUUCAUUGUAAAAGAACAGUUGAAGACGAGCAUGCAAAUCUUUGGCUUGGGGAGUACAUUCUUUGCCUUCGAUUUUGUUCAGAAGGUAAUCUAAUCAUAAAUUAAGAUUCAACGAUCAAGCAGCUGAUUAGGUGAGAUUUUAGCUGUAGUUAGUCGUUCAAAACUAGUACAAGUUUAUUGAAUCAGUGUUCUGAAAUGAUGUAAUGAAUUUGAGGUGGGUUGGGAUCGUUGGGCCCAAAUUGGGGUGUGUUAGGGUGAUGGGCUCAGGCUGAGGUAAUUUUGGAUAGUAGGCCCAAAACUGGGCCCAAAUUGUUGCUGAA